AUGGCCCCGAGGUCCAAAAAGAAGGCGCCUAACGGUUGCACGCACGCCCGGCUCGGUCUUCUGCAAACAGUGCCGGUACCGGCGAGCCCGCGAGGUGUCUGGGACCCCCCUCCCCCGCCCCCACCCCCACCCCCUUCCUCAGAGUCUAACAAUUCGUCCUCCCAAACCAUUCAAAAACGACCUGGUCCUGGCGGCCGGCCCCUCCGCCCGCCUCUCGUUGCUCUGCUCCUUCCCUCCCCGCCGCCCUCAGCUUGCCAGCGCGGGGCGAUUUCCUUCCGCAUCCGAGCGCUCGGGCCGCGCCCCCGCACCCGAGCACAGGCCGGAGGGGACAGGCCAGGCGGUGCCAGUCCCUCCAGGAGUGACUGUGACAGCAGCAGCAGCAGCAGCAACAGCAGCAGCUUCUACGCAGUGGGUGAUACCUCAUCUCGCCCCAAUACAUGCCUAAUCAUGUUCUUUGGGACCCUGUUGAAAAAGCUGAUCAAUGGAAGAAAAAGACCUGGAAGAAGAAGAGGAGAAAAAAAUGAGAGCGAACAGAGUAAAUAUAAGGAGGAGAGCAAGAGAGGCAAUGCAGAAUGUGGAGACAAGGGUGGAAGGGUGCUGAAGCAAGAGAGCAAGACUAAUAGAGAAAAAGAGAGAAUGAGGCUUGAUAUUGUCAACAAAAUUAAAAUGCCUGUUUGCUCAGAUCUUCCCUACCAGAAUCAAAGCUUCGACAGCAUUCUUGAAACCUUUCUAACUUCUUUCUUGUUAUGGCAAAUUACUCAAACUUCAGAUACUAUUGAAUCUCUUCAAGAGGAAGUAGCACUGCUCGCAGGCAGAAAAUUCUGUUUUUCUCAUUGA